UUCAAAGCCAAAUAAAAUGGAAAAUGAGGAUAAUUUAUCUUUGUCUUCUGAAAAUAAUUCUGAAACUGAAACCAUAUCAACAACUCCCAUAUCAACAACACCAUCAGCUUCAAGUGCCAAUAGUUUAGCAUUUGCUUCUAAGUAUGAAGAUGAAAAAAGCUAUAAUACAUAUCUGAAUUUAAUAUAUAAACAACAAGGUGAAAGUAGCAAUGAAGAAGAAUAUGAUAGUUCAACUAGUAAUGAUGAUAAUGAAAUUCCAUCUGGUGCUAAAAAAGAAAUAAAUGUAGAUGAAUUCAAUCGUAUUGAAUCUUUACCAGUUGCUGAUACUAAUGAUGAUACACUUGAAGAAAGAGAAAAAUCUUUAGAACUAUUACAAAAGCUAUAUGAUUUCGUGAAAGAAGAUUCUCAAGACAGAGAUAUUAAUAUGCAACAACAAAUAUCUAUUUAUGAUUGUUCAGAUGAUGAUGAUUUUUUUAAAGCUUUAGAAAGUAAAUUAGGAGGUGGUUUGUCUGUAGUUGAAAAUGAGGAUGAA